GUAGCCGCGCUUUAGAGAAUGGAGAAUUGAAGAGAGAAGAUCUAGAGAGAAUGUUAACGGCAAAGUGACCCAUUCUCAUAUUUUCCCUAUUUUUUUGGGUUAAUUACACUGGAAAUCACUGUAAUUGCUCACUUCACGUUGAUGCAGACCUAACAAUAACAAUUAAGGUUUGUUUUUCAAAAAAAAAAAAUCCUUUUGUUUCUCAUUUUUACAUUCAAAUAUCUUGUUUUACUUGGUUUGAAUAGUUUGGAGUUUCUGACCAAUUCAGUUUUUGAGAUUUUUCGACUGGGUUUGCUGAGCUUGUUAAUAUUAUUGAUCUGAGUAUUUUUCUCUCAACAACAUUCAUAAUCAUAAUUCAUCUCAAUGUCAUAUAGUUUGUGAUCUGGGUUUUGUGCAAUUGAUCUGGAUACGUCAAUUUUUAUGUGAUUAUCUUUGUAAAAUUUGAGGUUUUAAUUGUGAAAGGAACUGGGAAUUUUGGUUAGUUGUUGCUUCAAUUGAUAAGUUUGGCGGUUGAGAAUUUUGUGUUAUUAUUGUACACAUUCAAGGGUUUGGUUAAGACUUACAAUUGCUGAAUUAAGGGUUUUGACAGAUUAACUGAUCUUUGGGGUUUGAGAAUGAUGUUUAUGUAAAUAUGAUUAGUUGUUAGAUGGCCACAGUUUCGCCAUCACCAGAUUCUGCACCUUCUGGUGUCCCACCAGUUUCUCCUUCCCCACCACCACCACUGCCUUCGACACCACCACAGCCUUCAACCACACCGCCUCCAGCCCAAACUAGCCCCCCGCUUGCACAACCUAAUGCCAAUCCCCCUAAUCCUUCCACCCCUUCGCCUCCUUCUCCGCCACCAAAUGCUCCACCACCUACCAAUACAGGGACCCCAAUUGUCUCACCUCCACCUGUAGACUCAUCACCCCCGCCUACACCUAGUGCACCACCCCCUACUACACCGGUAUCCCCUCCUCCAACUCCAUCCACUGCUUCCCCACCGUCAGUACCUAGUGUUUCACCACCACCACCAACCACUAAUCCGCCUGUAAAUUCUCCUCCGUCCGCAGGUGUCCCACCACCUUCGACACCAGCCAAUCCGCCUACAAUUUCACCUUCGCCACCAUCUUCAUCAACUCCACCUUCAAGUACUCCAUCGCCACCGGCAACUCCUCCGGCAACAAGUACUCCUACACCACCAUCUGCAACCCCACCCAGUAAUUCUCCACCUUCACCACCGUUGCCAAACCCUCCUGAAGGUUCUCCAUCUCCACCAGCAGAGAGCCCACCGGAAACUUCACCUCCUCCAGAAGCACCCACUUCACCUGUAAAUCCACCACCACCACCACCUUCACCAUCAUCAUCACAGCCUUCUCAAAGCCCACCUUCUCCACCUGCUGCAUCACCUCCACGCUCUAGAGGCACCCCACCUCCAUCUGGUCCUGACCCAGCUUCUCCACCUACUAGAACACCAGGUGCACCUCCUGGAUUACAACUUUCACCGCCGCCCCCAGGUUUAGUCCCAUCCUCGCGUGAUUUACCGAUUGAUAGACCAAGUCCUGAUGCACCUGAAACUGCCAGUCCAGGGGGAAUCGGAACAGGUGGAACUGUUGCUAUUGGCGUUAUAGUUGGUAUUCUGAUGCUCGGGCUCAUUGGUUUGGUUGGUGUAUGGAUCAUUAAGCGAAGGAGAAAGUCUUCUGGACCUUAUGAUGGCCAUGUCAUUCCUGCCUCAAUAGGCUCUUCUCCGCGAUCAGAUGGGAAGCUGCUAGUGACGACAGAGUAUCCCGGUUCUAAUUUUGGUGGCUCUGGUAGUGAAACACCCACUGAUCCUGGGGGAUAUGGCCAUUCAAGGUCCUGGUUUACUUAUCAAGAGUUGUAUGAUGCUACCAGUGGAUUUUCUGAUGAGAAACUUCUAGGUGAAGGUGGAUUUGGUCGUGUAUAUAAAGGACUUCUACCAGAUGGCAGAGUAGUAGCUGUGAAGCAGCUGAAAGUUGGUGGUGGACAGGGGGAACGUGAAUUUAAAGCAGAAGUGGAAAUAAUUAGCCGUAUACACCAUAGACACUUGGUUUCUCUUGUUGGGUACUGCAUUUUGGAUGAUAAAAGGCUGCUUGUUUAUGAAUAUGUACCUAACAACACACUCCAUUUUCAUCUUCAUGGAAAAGGGAGGCCGGUUUUGGAGUGGGCAACACGAGUUAAGAUUUCCGUAGGUGCUGCUCGUGGUAUCACAUAUCUUCAUGAAGAUUGCCAUCCGCGAAUAAUUCACAGAGAUAUUAAAUCGACAAAUAUUCUAUUAGAUAACAACUAUGAAUCUCGGGUUGCAGAUUUUGGGCUUGCAAAAUUGGCAAUGGAUGCAGAGACACAUGUUAGCACUCGUGUAAUGGGAACAUUUGGAUAUAUGGCUCCUGAGUAUGCUACAUCUGGCAAGUUGACUGAGAAAUCAGACGUGUUCUCUUUCGGUGUCGUCCUUCUAGAGCUUAUAACUGGACGUAAGCCUGUGGAUGAAUCACAACCUUUGGGAGAUGAAAGUUUAGUUGAAUGGGCACGGCCUUUGCUUGCACAUGCGGUUGAGACGGGGGAACUUGAUGGCCUGGUAGAUGAACGUCUUGAAAAGAAUUAUAUUGAGAGUGAGAUGUUUCGAAUGAUCGAGGCAGCUGCAGCUUGUGUGAGGCAUUCAUCUGUAAAGAGACCAAGAAUGGGACUGGUUCUCAGAGCUCUUAGCAUGUCAGACUCUGGAGAUCUGUCAAAUGGACUGAGGGUGGGUGAAAGUCAGCUGUAUGAUUCUGCGCAACAAUCUGCUGAAAUUAGAUGGUUUAGGAGGAUGGCCUUUGGUGGAAGUCAAGAUAUUAGUAGUGGUUAUUUCAGUAAUUCCAGCCAGAAUCUUGGGUUUUCAGGGCAGAGCAGGCGGAAUGGUGAUCUUUCAACUCAACAUAACCGAAAUUCUCAGACUGUGGGGAUCCCAAACCAAAGUGGGAAUAAUGUAAACUUUUCGUCAGAGCGUCGUUCAAGCCAACACAAUCAGCAUGGACAUAACCGAAAUUCUCAGAAUGUUGGGCUCCCAAACCAAAGUGGUAAUAAUGUCAACUUUUCAGCCGAGCAUCAUUCAAGCCAAUACAAUCAAGGUAAUAGGAAUCCUAAUUUUUUUAGUGCGAGCCCAAUGACGAUGGAUUUAUAAAGAAGGUUAAGGCAAUUGGAGUUCAAUAUGAUUGUUGUAGGCUAGUCUAGGCUCUGCUAUGGAUCAUGUGGCACUGGCUAUGCUCUUUGCUGCAUUUUUUGCACAUAAAUUUUGAAUUAUCUCCAUCAUUCUUUAUCAUUGUAAGUAUUACAGGUACAGAGAUUUUGUUUAGCAAUUUUUUUUCGUAGUGCUCUUUUUUCACAUUA